AAAGAUAGAUAUAUAGAUUCAAUUUACAAUACUAUUCAUGACAAUUAUGUUCACAUUUGAAUAUAAAUUUACUGAUUAUAAUAUAAUAACUAAACCACUGAACACAUCUAAACAUAAAAAAAAUAAAAUUAGUUCUAAUAACCUAAAAUCACAUGUCAACGAAUUUGUUAGAAAUUAGAUGUUAGUUUUACGCACAUUAUUUUUUUAGUUGUAGUGGGAACAAAAUUAAAAUAGUGUUUUUGUUCAUACAUAUUAAUUAUUUACUGUUUGAGCAAAAUACAAACAAUCAACAACUGAAAUACAAACACGCACCACUAUCGCAAAUUAAAAUUCUUCACAAUGGCCACAAAAACUUUAUUAAGACAAUUGAAUAGAAUGACUUGCCUUAAGGCAGUCGGAACGGGAACAAGUUCUAUUCCUUUAAAAUGGUCUAGCCAAAACACAUCCUUCCUAAGAACCGCUAACAAAUCCUUAAAUAGUGUAAAUUUUACCAAACAAUACUCAACAAUGGGUGAAAACAAUAUUCCCAUUGUUACUUAUGAAGAAAUUAAAAAAUUAACAAAUCAAUCUGCAGAACUUUUAAUUGAUGUUAGAGAACCUAAAGAAUUACAAGAAACUGGUAAAAUACCCACCAGCAUUAAUAUUCCUCUGGGACAGGUGGGUCAAGAAUUGGCAGAUAGUGUAGAUAAAGCUGCUUUUAAAGCAAAAUAUGGUCGUGAUAAGCCGGAAAAAAGUUCGGAAAUUAUUUUCCAUUGCAGAUCGGGUAAGAGAUCACAGAGUGCUGCUGAAUUAGCUAGAACUCUUGGCUAUAAAAAUACCAAAAACUAUUUGGGUUCUUGGUUGGAAUAUGCUGAUAAGGAAGGUUUACCCAAGUAAAAGUAUUUAAUUGUAAAUUUUAAUUUUGAUACUAUAAUUGCCGUGACUUGAUAUUAAUAAAUUUUGAUAUUAACAAAA